GCAGCAGCGGUACGCCUCCUCCAGGCGCAAUUCGCCCAGAAAAUAGCGGAUCUUUUUUAUUCUGGGGUUGACCGCCCGCUCUCCACCUUCCGCGACUCCGCGUGCGCACGCUUCCAGAAGCCCGCGACAUGCUCCCGAUGCGGAUUCGAAGCCGGCUGUGAGAAGGUUCGAAGCGGACCCAGUGGUAAUGCCUCCCCGCAGCGCUGAACCUGUUCCACCCCGCACACAAAGCCUGUAAAGCAGGCCGUGUUCCUCCCCUCAAACAUGUCGGGGAAUCAGUACAAAGGCAACGACGUCAGCUGCUGCAUCAAAUACUUCAUCUUCGGAUUCAACAUCCUGUUUUGGUGAUGUGGGGGCAACUUCAAACACACCUCCUGUUUCACUUCACAAGUUACAAAAGGGCUUUGUGAAGCUGCUGGGCAUGGCCUUGGUGGGCAUCGGCCUGUGGGCAUGGAGUGAGAAGGGGGUUUUGUCCAACAUCUCGUCCAUCACGGACCUGGGGGGGCUGGACCCAGUCUGGCUCUUCAUGGUGGUCGGGGGAGUCAUGUUCAUUCUGGGCUUUGCGGGAUGCAUCGGAGCCCUGCGGGAAAACACCUUUCUACUCAAGUUUUUUUCUGUGUUUCUGGGGAUUAUCUUUUUCUUGGAGCUGACGACGGGAGUCCUGGCGUUUGUCUUUAAGGAUUGGAUUAAAGACCAGCUCAACCUGUUUAUCAAUAACAACAUCCGGGCGUACCGGGACGACAUCGAUCUGCAGAACCUAAUCGACUUCACUCAGGAAUACUGGGAAUGCUGCGGUGCGUUUGGAGCAGACGACUGGAACCUGAACAUCUAUUUUAACUGCACUGAUGGGAAUCCUAGUCGAGAAAAGUGUGGCGUUCCCUUCUCCUGCUGCACCAAGGACCCGGCGGAGGAUGUAAUCAACACUCAGUGUGGAUACGACAUUCGAGCUAAACCUGACUCUGAGCAAAAGGACUACAUCAACGUGAAGGGCUGCGUCCCGCAGUUCGAGAAGUGGCUGCAGGACAACCUCACCCUGGUGGCCGGGAUCUUCAUCGGAGUCGCACUCCUGCAGAUCUUUGGGAUUUGUUUGGCCCAAAACCUUGUGAGUGACAUCGAAGCUGUGCAGGCGAGCUGUUUCUUUACCUGAUGAUGAAGUGGCAUUUAAAUUCUAACAGCCCGGAUCUGGAACACAUCGCUGUGGGACCAUUCAGACAACCUCGCCGAUCUGCUGCACCGCUUUUCUUCACCGAACCAGCACCUUUUCUCCGAGGCACUACUACGUGAACCGCUCUAUAUAUAACACUGUGUGAGUUGUUGGAGAGGAGGGUUAAACAUGCACUACAUGCAGGUCGCUCGGUUUUGAUAGCGACGCGUAGAGAGUAGGAGUUUUGAUACAUCUUUUUGAUAAUAGAUCGGUAUUUUUCACUGUGGAAAUGCCACUCCACUGCUAAACUCAUUAUGUGACGUAGUUGUGUUCCAGAACAGGCCGACGGGCUCAUUUUAAAGCUGCUUGCUUUGCGUACCUCUCCUCUGCGCCCUCUCUGCCUCGGGUUGGCCGAGUAACACAACUGAAGAGGAUGUCACGUUUUCUUUUUCACAAUAACACUUAAAGGAUUUUGGUGUGUUACGGCAGACUCCAUGCACUGUGUUUUACAGGCUACACAAACUGCUAGUCGAUGUCCAACGGCUUGUUUGCUUUUCCAAUUUUGGAUGAAAGGUUUUUUGCAGCUUCUGUUUCGAAAACCUUUGAAAUGCAAAAUUUGACUUUUUGUGUUACUAAAUAUUACGUCUAUGUCUAUGAUACAUAUAAUGAUACGUGAUGUCUGUAUGGUGAAAGUUAUUGGUUUCUAGAAUCAUUACUUCUCUACAUAGUGCCCGUGUCCAUCUGGAGAGAAAAGAUCCAGUCAUCAGUUAUGAAACUUAAAAGGGCCAGUGUGUAGGAUCUACUCUAUAUUUCAAGAAAUGUAGAGUAGAGUAUUAUCCUCCAUAGCUCCAUAGGCCCUCCGUUUCUACGGUAGCUCAGAACAGAUAAACCAACCUGGAGAGACUACCAGGAGGCCAUCGCACCGCUACACACAAUGAAAGGGAAGUUACAAUCUGCUACCUCACCACUAGAUGUCACUAAAUUCUACACACUGGACCCUUAACAGUUGCUGUUUGCCUGAAUCGAGUAGCUAGGUCUGUGAAACGCAUGCUAUUUGGCCACCAGACUUUUGAAAGAGAUUUCGUUUUCAUGAGUUCGGACAGGAGGAAUGCUGUUUGUAUGAAGAGCGUGGAAAAAUUGUAACUAAUCUUUUUUUUUUUAGCAUCCGUACCAAAACUUGCAGUAGCACAGGCAACCUGGUCCUACUAUCAUGCUAUAUCCAGUAUGAAGUCCGUCUCACUCUGAAGUAACCCCUUUUAAAACAUUUCGAAGAUUUUAAAUAACCAGAUUUUUUUUUUUAAACAUGUUGAUCCACGUCUAGUUGUAACCCACUCGUCAUUUCAUGUUGGUUAUAAGCUCGAUAUGGUUUCACUCUCUAGGUUCCACAGCAUGGUGGUUCCAACACGAGGAGCAAGCAUUCAUCUAGACUUCUUCAUAUUGUGAGAUGAGAAUGUGUUCAGUAUUCUGCCCUUACUCGAAUGAGAAAUUGUCACUACCUGUAUUAUGACGCACAUCCGAUCAGUAAACAACAAUUUGCUCAAAGCACGCGUCACUUGUUUUGUUUUUUUGUACAGUAUUGUCAGUAUUGUUUUGAUACUGAAACUGUCUCGUACAUUUGAUGUAAAUGAGGCUUUACUACUGAAGCUGUGUGCCACUUUUCAGAUGGCGCUGAAGAGAGGCUGACUAGUGUCACUAAUUACUGCACCACUUCUACAUACUAAACGAUCACGUGGAAUCUCAUGUGUCUCUCACUGUCAUGUAACUACCUCCUCUAAUGUCCUCAUCUCAUGUCAUGUUGGAAUUGGACUGAUUUUAAUACCAAUUAAAAUGAAAUAAAGUGACAAAUAUGCAUACUUGA